ACAAACAAAGAGCUAGCUGUGAGCGGAUUCGUCUCGUGUUGUUUUACAAAUUUAGCUUAAAAUUCAUAGUAAUUUUUAGUAAACUUAUCAUGUUCUCCGAAAAGAUUCGACAGCUUACCAUGUUAUUGGAGAAACAGGAGCUUGAGGCACCGAAUGGCAUAGUAUCGGUUCAGCUGUAUUCGGAACUGUUUGCAGCUUAUUUGUAUCAGAAUGAUCUCUCCAAUGCCCGAUAUCUAUGGAAACGGAUUCCGCCGAGUGUGAGAGCUGGCCACUCCGAGCUGGAUCAAAUGUACAAAGUUUUUCAGUGCCAGUGGAACAACGACACGGCUGGGUUUUACAAGGUUAUCAAUUACGACUGGUCCAAGCAUGUGUCCGAGCUAAUGUUUGAGCUGAAGGAGAAAAUGCAGCAGGAUACGGUGAAUCUGAUAGGACGAGCCUACAGUUCAAUUUUCGAAAACGUGUUUGCUGAAAUGACCAACCAAACUGCAGAUAUGAUAGAUGAAAUGUGUAAGACUCUUAACUGGGAUAUAGUAGAAGGCCCGCGCCCUAGGAUGAUCAUACCUAAGCAUCCACCACAGGAUAAGCCUCUGGUGGUUACGGCCGAGGACCAACUGCAGAAGUUGACCGACUUCGUAUCGUUCCUAGAAAACUAAUCAGAAUUUAACUAAUCUCCGCACUCGUUCGAUU